AUGGCCACUGGAACCAGCGCCAACGUGCCGACGCCUCACGUUAUUGGCUCCACCGUCGUCGAGCUUUCCAGAAACAGCCGCACCUUAGCUCCGUCGCCGCUGGUUCGUAUUUCCUGUAAGAACAGCAGCAACAAUGGACUUUCAAUUCGAAGCAGCCACAUCCGUCAAUCUUCAUCCAAAGCCUUACUCGAGGGACCUUCGUGCUUGUUCGUCGGUCCGAUCGAAAGCGCAAGCCAGGAAACCCUAGAAGCUCUCUAUCGUCAAGCGCGGGAUGCUUACUAUAGUGGAAAACCAUUGAUAGUUGAUGACAUGUUUGAUAGAGUAGAGUUGAAGUUACGGUGGUAUGGAUCAAAGUACGUUGUGAAAUAUCCACGUUGCAGUUUAAGGCAACACUCAACUUAUGCUGAUGCUGAGGAAGAUCCUUCUCAGGUUUUUGCAUUAGCAAGUGUGUGGUUAUUGUUUCUUGGAUUUGGAAGCUCUGCGUGUCUAGUGCCUGUAGUUUACACUUUUGGCCAAGCUUUUAAAGAUGCCAUAGAUUCAGGAUUGUCUAUCAGUAGUCAAGCUCCUGUUCUUGAGUUGAUUGCCAUGAUGAAUGGCAUGCUUGUAAUGAUGCUGGGAUCCAUGAUUGGCUAUCCAGUUGCUUCAGCUGCUGUUGGAGCUCUUAAAGGCCUUUGGAAAAAUGACUUGGUGGCAAUAAAAGGGGCAUGCCCUAAUUGUGGGGAGGAGGUAUUUGCAUUUGUGAAAUCGAAUCAGUUUAGUAAUUCCCCACAUAAAGCUGAAUGCCAUGUAUGUGAAUGCUUAUUAGAAUUUCGCACAAAAGUCGAGAAAUCAAUUGCAAGCCCAGGGAAAAGAUGGGUUUAUGGUCGAAUAUAUUUGAUCAGAAGAAGACGAACAAACAGAGGACAAAGAUGGACUUGA